AUUAAUUAUGAGCAGAUAUCCAUAAGUCUUUUUAGACUUUCAAAUAGGUACUUAGGCAGCUGGUAGAGUUAUCUUUGAAUUGUUCAAUGAUGUGACAUCCAAAACGGCAGAAAACUUCAGAGGUCUAUGUACAGGUGAAUAUGGUAAUGUGGGAAUGGCAAAAAAAUCGAAAAAAUUGCAUUAUUUAAAUACAAAUGUCUUUAGAAUAGCAGAUAAUAUGUUGAUUCAAGGCGGCGACAUUAUAAACAAUGAUGGAACUUAAGUAUAAUCAUUUAAAAAUUUUAGGGUGCUUCUAUAUAUGGUUAAACCUUUGUGGACGAGAAUUUUUCAAGAAGACAUGCAUGUGCAGGUUUGUUAUCUAUGGCAAACAGAGGAAGAAAUACAAAUAAUUCUCAGUUUUUUAUUACUUUAAAACCAUGUCCCCAUUUAGAUGGAAAACAUGUUGUAUUUGGAUAGGUGAUUGAUGGCAUCGAAGUAAUCAAAAGAGUAGGUCAGGUGCCUGUAGAUAUGUAAGAUAGACCAAAAAUUCCAGUGAUUAUUAUCAAUUGCGGAGAGGUCUCGGAAUCUAAGAAUUGGUUGAUUUGCGAUCCUUUUAAAAAGGAGAUUAUGGAUGAAAUCCAUAGAGAUAGAUUAAAGGCAUUAUAUGGAUAAGAAUAUUUGGAUGAGUUGGAUAAGGAGGAAGAAUAAAAACUAUAAGCAUUGAAUCCUGAAAAGUAUAAGUAAUAAGGUCAAGAAAGUGAAGAAGAAAAGAACAAUUAAUUGUUGGUUGAUGAGCUAUUAAGGAAAACAACAGAAGAUUAGCAGUAAGAACAUGAUUCAUAAGAAUAAUUAGACUAAUUUGAAGGGAAAUAAUUUAUAAAAUAUAAAGAAAAGUUUUUGGAAUAGAUAAAGAAAAUCUAACAGUCUAAAGUAUUAAAUGACAAGGCAGUUUUAAACGAGGAAAGGUAAAAUACUGAUGCUUAAUAUGAUAAAAACUUAAGAAAAGGAAAAUAUCUUAUUAAAAAGGAAGCAGAGAAAUAAGAACUUAAAUUCAAAUAAAUAGAUGAGGAUAAGGAUUAUUUGAAUAGAAUGACUGUUAAACAUGAUGAAGAAUAAGAAAAAAAAAAAGAAUAUUUUGGAUGGGAUGUAUUUAACGAGGAUGCUAAAUAUAAUGCUUAUAAGAAAAGAUGCACCACUUUAGCAAAAAAUGAAGGAAAGUAUAAGCAAUAAAUGGGUAUUUAAUUGUUAUUAAUUCUUAGAAAGCAAUUAGGAGUUUGUACCUACUAAUGAAGCUUUGGAGAGACUGAGUGCUGAUAUAGCAAAUUAAUAAGAGAGGAGAAAAGAGUUUUCAAGAAGAAGGAGAUUCAAUGAAGAUCAACCAGUGACAUAUAUCAAUGAUAGAAAUAGGAUCUUUAAUAAAAAAUUAGAGAGAUUCUUUGGAGAUUAUGCUGCAGAUAUUAAAGCCAAUUUAGAAAGAGGAACUGCAUCUUGAUUAAAUUAUAUAUUUCAAUACCAAUAAGAGUAAUAAAU